AUGUCCGACCCCAAAAGCCCAGGGCCUCGUCUGUCGAAGGCAAUAACCGCGAUACGAGUUGGAGAGCAGGAAUAUCCUCUUCUCGACAUACGUUCAACUGGAGACCUCAUACUAGAUGUUUCGUUCAAGAACACAACUGAAUGUACCAAGUCGAUCCCCAAAGACGCCCUCCGAGAGCUGCGAAGCAAAAAGUUGCCUAUUCCGUCACCAAGGAUCUUUUACAGAGUUCGACUGGAGACGUUGAAGAAGCAUUCUGAAUAUUUUCGUACUCUCCUUACGCCCCCAUUUGCAGAGGGAGUAUUGGUAAAAGAAUCGCUCUUGCGUCUCUCAAAGUUAAAUCAAAACCCUACGGAGGUCGAAGCAGAACAGCUUCCAAGAGUCAGGAUCGUGGAUGACGACACCGCCACCAAAACAAUAGGCAGGGAAAUGAUCUUCGGAGAUCUUCUUCAAGUGCUCCAUGGAGCCAGCCCACUGACAACCCCAUUUACGACUCACUGUCUGACCGUGCUGGUAAUCAUGGCUGAUCGAUUCAGCUUACUCCCAUUCCUUACCCGCCACUUCCAGAAGAAUCUUCUUAGCCACAAAUAUCAGAUCUCUCAGGACAAAAAUGGGGAGGAAACUUUACGACAAAAGGUCUUGAUCCAAUUCCACACUGAUCAUGGCGUCAGAUUUGCCGCAGCCACGAAGGAGUUGAUACUAAGGGGGUCGUUUCGAUGGGGCGGGAAUUAUGAUAUGAGUGGCGAAUCCGAAUGUGCUUACCGCCGAACAUGCGUCCUUCGCACAAUAGCCUCGAUUCAGAGUCAAUUUCUCGCAAUAUAUUCUUCCUCCUGGGACCGCCAGUGCAAGCUGGGCUACGACAGCAGCGCUGCAUGUGACUCGUUCCAGUUGGGUGAAAUGGUGAAGUUCCUCACCAAGAAAGGUCUCCUCUCCUUGAUCCCUUUUCAAAGUGUUUCGCCAGAGGACUCUGAGUAUAUUUGGCCUGAAGCUUACAGUGGGGAUGUCGAUUACCUUAUCAAUAUGCUUCGUCAAUGCCCCUCAUACCAGAUUGAUCACAACCACGGCAGAUGUGGGCUUCGCACAAAGCUUUUGCCAGCACUUGAUUUUAUAAAGAGCUGCAUAGACAGUGGUCUAGGCAUUCGACUUACCGCCUCAAAGAAUGGACCGGUCUUCGACUCCUGGAUUCCUCCGCCAGCCCCUAAACAGCCCUUCUAUGUAGCUGAUGAAAAAGGCGAAGAUGUCGACAUCGCUGGCGGAACUCACAAGGAGUUCCAAUUUGCACUGGUGAGACCGAAGAUGGUCUGGGGUACUGGCAACAAUUCAAAUGUGGAGAGAUCUGCCAAAGGCUUGUUCACUGCAGAGCGGUGGGAUUGGAUUACUGAGCCCGAGAGCAGUGGUAAAAGCGGUAUUGGUGUCCGACCCUUAUGAGCACCAUGAUUUGCCGGCUAUUAUGAGGAAACGUUUAACGACGGGAG